AUGGACAUGAUCUUGAUGGACAAAUUUGGGACCAAGAUACAAGGUUCUGUGUGCAGAAAGCAUCCAACUAUUUGUGCUAUGCUGGAUGGCAGAGUGUACAGGAUCUUUAAUUUCAAGGUUGUUUUGAAUGAUGAUAUUCGACUAACCCCACAUGAAUUCAGAUUGAUCUUCCAUACCUGCACCAUCAUUGUUGAAAGUUUUGAUGUCCGCAUCCCUCGAAAUGGCUGGUCCUUUUACAACACUCAGAUAAUUCGUAACAUGAGUGAUGAAUUUACCCACUUGAUUGAUUGUUUGGGAGUUAUUUCUGUUGCCUCUCAUGAAAAGCUUUUCAUAAAAGACAGUCAGCUCACUAAGAUUUCCAAAGUUCACUUCAACCCAGAUAUUGAAGAAGAUGUUGAGUUAACUCAAAGAAUGGAUGUUCUUGGUUUUAAUUACCAUGGACUUGUUGGUUUUAUUCGACCCAAUGACUCUAAUCUGAGUCUUAGGGAUGAUAUGCUGAAUGCUCACCUUAGGAAAACAUUAACUCAGCUAUUGGACAACAAAGAGGGAAGGAUAUUGAUAUUUUAUGCUUCAAUGGUUGGAGUCCUUAGGGAUGGACAAUGGUUUUACCCAUCAUGCAGAUGUUAUAGUGAACUUAGAAUCAAUGGUGUUAAAUAUGAUUGUCUGAAGUGUGGACGCAUCACUGAUAAAAUGAUUAACAGGUUUCGGUUCAAAGUCAAAGUAUUCAAAGGUGUUGACAGCGCUGUUUUUGUUCUAUAUGAUCCUGAGGCAGAGUUACUUACUGGUUUAUCCUGUGAAGAAUUGAUGAAUUUCAUUGAACUUGAGAAGAAAGUGAUUCUAGAAGGAGAGUGUCCUGAUGGUAUUGAAGACCAUAUAGCUGGGUUAGAGAUGCUUUUUAAGGCAAAGUUCAUACCAUCUUUCACUAAGAUGGGAAAUGCUGAGGGGAGUUGUUUGACAUUGAGUGACAAGGGUCAUAAACUUAGAAAGAAACAUCUUGUUGAUAGUGUGAUUGAUCUAAAUGAUGAUACCAAAGCACAAAUUGCUGAAAUUGAAACUAAAGAUGUUGGCGAGACCAAAUCUUUAUCUGCAGAUGGAGGCAGAGAUGUCACCAAUGAUGGUUCUCCUAAUUCUGUUGAAUGUGAAGUACCUAAAUCUGGAGUCCCUUUUGCUGGGAAGGAGCUGAUUGAUUUAGGAUUUGAUGAUGAAGACAUUACUCGCAUAGUGUUUGAAGAAGAAAUCAUGGAAGACAACGAUUCUUCUGAAUGA